GACCGUGGCGGUGGCAUCGUGACGCGCAGAAGAAGACGCUCUCCGAGGCGUCAUUUCCGGUUUAGAGAAGAGCCACUGGACAACAACAACAAAAAAAUGGAAGGGAAAAACAAUGUAGAUGACCUGGACGCUCGCCUUCAACUUCUCGAAAAACGCGUUCAUGGCGAAAGAGGAGGAAAAACCAAUAAGCCUGUGAAGUGUGCUGAAUCACUCACAAGGAUCAGUGCUGCUCUGGCAAACACCGCAAACAAGAGAGAGCGUGUCAGGAUCCUUCACAAGAAAAUUGAAGAUUUGCUGAAGUAUUUGGACCCCCAGUUCACAGACUUCAUUGCUGUGCCAGAUGCAAUGAAACUAGAGUUCAUUCUAGCAGAGGAAGAGUUUUUGCGAUCUCAGGCCACAUUAUUGGAGCAGGUGCACAAUCUGCAGCCUCUUCUGGACAGCAACCACAUUAAAGCGGUUCCAGAGCUGACCACUAAAGUGCAGCGAUUGUCACAAAUUCACAUUCGACAGCAGGACCAGAAUGAAGAAUUAUCUGCUGAAGUGAAGAAGCUGUUUGAAGAAUACAACAAAAUGAUGUUUCUUUUAUCAAAGCAGUUUUCACAGUGGGAUGAAACUCUUCGGAAGCUGGAAGGACCCAAGCAAGGCCAGCAGAUAGACUAGGAUGCUAAAUCUUAGAUUUGUCAAAUGUUGCAUUUUUCGCACUUCAUCGCAGAUAUGAUUAAUAAAACAGCACUGUCAUUCCUAAACAUACCUUGUUUAUAAGUAAGUGUUGUUUAAGGUCUUCGAUCUACCAUUAAUCUAAAUUUUGAGUCAUUAUGUACCAAUAUGGUCAUCUUAUUGUAUCAUAAGUAAUUAUAUGCUCAUUACAUUUGUGUUUACAGAAACAUUUCUCAUUUCUUCCAACCAUUCAGUAAACUCAUUUUGCUUUUUAAUGUAUUUAUUCCAGCAAUUGUAAGGAAUGAUGUGUGUAUGAGGUUGUUGUUUUUUUACCGCCUUUAGAAAAGUGUCACUACCUGAAAUAAUCAUAAAUAAAAGAAAGUG